GAGACUACGGAAGGAAGGGACGGCGGAGCCGCGGAAGACGGAGCUCGAGCCGCUUCUGGCGCGAUGUCGCGGGGGGCGAAGGCAGCAGUGGUCCUGUGUAUGGAUGUCGGCUUUUCUAUGAGCAAUUCUGGUCCUGGAGAAGAAUCUCCUUUUGAACAAGCCAAAAGAGUGAUCACAAUGUUUGUGCAGCGACAGGUGUUUGCUGAGAGUAAAGAUGAAAUCGCCUUGGUUUUAUUUGGCACAGAGGACACUGCAAAUAGCCUUGCCAGUGGGGACCAAUAUCAGCAUAUCACUGUGCACAGACACCUGAUGAUGCCGGAUUUUGAUUUGCUGGAAGACAUACAAAAUAUGGUUCAGCCUGGCUCUGAACAUGGGGACAUUCUUGAUGCUCUUGUUGUUUGCAUGGACUUGCUCCAAAAGGAAACAAUUGGGAAAAAAUAUGACAAACGACACAUUGAAGUUUUUACAGACCUCAGUAGUCCCUUCAGUGAGGAUCAACUGGAUGUUAUCAUUGCUAACAUGAAGAAUACUGGUAUUUCGCUUCAGUUUUUCUUGCCAUUUCCAGCGAAUGACGAAGACGGAAGUGGGGACGCGGGGAAUGGUGUGCAUUCCAGUAGGGACCAAAACCCUUUUCCAAGGAAGGGGCUAUCUGGGCAGCAGAAAGAAGGCCUUCAGGUGGUGAGAAAGCUUAUGUUUUCCUUAGCCAAAGAAGAAGGCCUGGAGGACAUUUAUACUUUCAGAGAGAGUCUGGAGCGCCUUUCAGUGUUUAAGAAGGUUGAACGGAGACCUAUGGCUUGGCCUUGCCAGCUCACAAUUGGUUCUCAGUUGUCAAUAAGGAUUGUGGCCUACAAAGCAUUCACCGAGGAAAAAGUGAAAAAAACUUGGAUGGUUGUAGAUGCCAAGACACUAAGAAAAGAAGAUGUGCAGAAAGAAACAGUUUACUGCUUGAAUGACGAUGAUGAAACAGAAGUUCAGAAGGAGGAUGUUAUUCAAGGAUUCCGCUAUGGGAGCGAUAUAGUUCCUUUCUCUAAAGUAGACGAGGAACAGAUGAAAUACAAGACAGAUGGAAAAUGUUUUGCUGUCUUGGGGUUCACCAGAUCAUCUCAGGUCCAGAGACAUCGCUACAUGGGAAAUCAGGUUCUGAAAGUCUUCCCGGCAAAGGAUGAUGAGGCUGCAGCUGUGGCUCUUUCUGCCCUCAUUCAUGCUUUGGAUGAGUUGGAUAUGGUGGCCAUAGUACGUUAUGUCUAUGACAGAAGAUCGCACCCGCAAGUUGGAGUAGCCUUUCCGUUAAUUAAGAAUGAAUACGAGUGUUUGGCCUAUGUACAGCUACCGUAUAUGGAAGAUCUGAGGCAAUACAUGUUUUCCUCCUUAAAAAAUAAUAAAAAGUUUACACCAACAGAGGAUCAGUUGUGUGCCGUUGACUCUCUGAUUGAUUCCAUGAGUUUGGUUUAUGAAGAUGAGAGUGAAGGGACCAGCCAGGAUAUAUUUAAAACCAGCAAAUUCCCGAACCCUCUAUUUCAAAGAUUGUACCAGUGCCUACAGCACAAGGCUUUCCAUCCUGAUGUACCUUUGCCUCCUGUUGAAAAACACCUCUCUGACAUGUUGGGGACACCACAACAAGUGACUGAGAAAUGCCAGGCUCCCCUUGAGAAAUUAAAAUCGCUUUUUCCCUUGAAAGAAGCAGAUAAAAUUAAAGAGCAGAGGACAGCUCAGCAUAUCUUCAAAGAUAAUAAUGAAGAUGGGCCCAAUGCUAAAAAGGCAAAAACAGAAGAUGAUGAAGGUGACUUUAGGAUUGCAAACCUUGCUGAAGGCAAUGUCACCGUGGUUGGAAGUGUUAAUCCUGCAGAAAACUUCAAAGUGCUGGUGAGGCAGAAAAAUGUUGACUUCAAGGAUGUUAGUCAGCAGCUGAUAAACCACAUCCACCAGUUUCUGGAGAACAAGGGGCAUCUGUUUUAUAUGAAGAGCAUCGACUGCAUAAAAGUUUUCCGAGAGGAAGCUAUUAAGCUGUCAGAGGUGCAGUGCUUUAAUGAUUUUCUGCAGGCCCUGAAAAAGAGAGUGGAAGAUAAAAAUUUAACUGAUUUCUGGGAGACUGUAAUACAAGAUAGAAUUUCCUUGAUCACCAAAGAAGAAACUGAAGGAAGCUCUCUGACAGCUGAAGAUGCCCAAAAGUUCUUGGCUCCCAAAGAAAAGCUCACGGAAACUUCACCAGUGGCAGAUGAUGGUGGCGGCGAUGUUGAUGAUCUACUGGACAUGAUUUAAGUGGAUGGACAGCGUCUCGGAAUGGGUGGAUCUGAAAAUGUUUCGAGGCUCCAGAGAGAAUGACAUGGGUGGUAAAGAAAGUUGUGGCCAGGAAGUCCUGUGUAGAUACUCUGACCCAGAAAGAGGGUACUGGCUCCAAGGAAAUCUCCAGGAUGGAGCAAAUCUUCAUUUUCUCUAAUUUGUCACAAGUUACCAAGGCAAUGCAUUGAAUUUUACCUGCUCAGUCUCCAUUUAAUAAGACAGAUUCACAUUCUUUGAAAGCAGGUACCUGUUGUUGUCAUAUGUUGGCCUUUGUUAUAGUCACAAGAGAUUUUGAGGCCUUAACCUCACUGCCUGCGGAGGGAAUGCUGUCAGAAUGAAAUCCCAAUAGACUUCGUAUCCAGAAAUAUGUGUGUCUUUCUGGCAUACUAACAGAAAUAUUGUCUGUUCAUGAAUGCCGCAAACACCUGAAAUACCAAUGAAGAAUUAAAAAAAAUUCCAAAGAUUUGUACUCAUAAACUGCAACCCAGAAAAGCCUCUUGAGUUGCAAAUGUUUAUCUGUUAUAACUCAUAUUUUAUGUGUCCUUUCCAAUGCAGCACCUUCCAGGUGAAUC